AUGCUGAAGUUGAUGCUGGCUAAUUUAUGGUUGACUCUGCCAAUGAUGUGCAUUGGCCACGUGACAUUUACCAACCUGAAUUGCAGUUCGUAUAAUUUGGACUACUUAAGCUUUCCCACGUGUCAAAUUAAGGCAGUUAACCGAACUCAUAAGUAUAUCAACAUCUAUACCAAAUUAAAUGAGUUGCCCAUUGUUGAAAGUUGGGUCCAUGUGAAGUUUAGGCGUUUUGAUAAUGGUUACAAGCCAUUUUUUCUCGAUCUGUCCUACGAUGCCUGCAAAUUUUUGAAGCAACAGAAAAAUAUAGUCGCUCGAACGUUUUAUAGAACAUUCCAAAGUAGCUCCAAUAUGAAUCACACCUGUCCCUAUAACCACGAUAUCAUAGUUAAUAAAUUGUUUACCGGUAAUUUGGAAGCGGAAUUUGGACGAUUCAUACCAAUACCAAACGGAGCCUAUGCGAUUUUCACCGAAUGGACUACUAAGAACAUAUCGCGAGCCUCAAUUAAAAUUUAUAUUAGGAUAUCAUAA